CCAGAACAACAACACCACUGCAUCAUCGCCAUGUCAACAAACCUGCAGACGAGUCACAAAUGAUCCGCUUCCAACCGCGUGCGUUACACCGCUGCAUCCCGUUAUUUUCCGGUACUCAUUCGGCAUGUUCCCCGCUUUCAACGACAGUCCGACAGCAUGCACUCCGCCAUCGCGUAAAACGGAUAGACUUGAGCACGCCCUUUGAAUGACAAGAUCCACGGUACCCGCUAAUGACAGCGCCCGACGAUUCGGUUCGAGAUUCCCGUCCCGGUUGGUAAAGGGUCCGAUGAACGGGCCGAUGGAGUCAUGCCGUGAGUGACUCACGGUGAGUCAGGAUCGUUGACGUCUCAUGAUAAGAUUUCAUAUUUGAGGAAGACAUUCUCGCAAACAUUGUCAUCAACUGUCUUCACCCCCUCACAACCAACACCACAGUCACCAUGGUCGCCACAACCUUCGAGCUGCCUCUACAGCAAAAGGCCGAAGCCCAAACCGGCCCCGUCCAAUUCGGCAAUUCCCUCCUCAAGGAAUUCCUUCACGACCCUGCCUACCGGAACCUCAACCAUGGCUCCUUCGGCACCCAUCCCUCCGCCAUCCAGCAAAAACUCCGCACCUACCAAACCGCCGCCGAAGCCCGUCCCGACUCCUUCAUCCGCUACCAAACCCCCGUCCUCCUCGACGAAUCCCGCGCCGCCGUCGCCAACCUGCUCAAAGUCCCCGUCGAAACCGUCGUCUUUGUGUCCAACGCCACCCUAGGCGUCAACACCGUUCUGCGCAACAUGGUCUGGUCCGCCGACGGCAAGGACGAGAUUCUCUACUUCGAUACCAUCUACGGUGCGUGCGGCAAGACGAUCGAUUACGUGGUUGAGGAUAAGCAGGGUGUUGUUGGGAGCAGGUGUGUGUCGUUGGUUUAUCCGGCGGAGGAUGAGGAGGUGGUGGCUGCUUUCCGGGAUGCCGUCAAGAAGAGCAGGGAAGAAGGGAAGAGGCCCCGUCUGGCAGUUAUUGAUGUUGUGAGCUCCAUGCCCGGCGUCUGCUUCCCUUUCCAGGAUAUCGUCAAAGUGUGCAAAGAAGAAGGAAUAAUCUCGUGCGUCGACGGUGCGCAAGGUAUCGGCAUGGUGGACCUCAAGAUCUCCGAGACGGACCCCGAUUUCCUCGUCAGCAACUGCCACAAAUGGCUGUUCACUCCGCGUGGAUGCGCGGUGUUCUACGUCCCUGUUCGCAACCAGCACUUGAUCCGGUCGACGCUGCCCACCUCUCACGGGUUCGUGCCGAAGGUUGGGGAUCGGUUUAACCCGCUACCGCCGACGAGCAAGUCCGAGUUUGUCAACAACUUUGAGUUUGUCGGGACGAUAGAUAACUCUCCGUUCUUCUGCGUCAAGGACGCGAUCAAGUGGCGCGAGGAGGUGCUUGGUGGCGAGGAGAGGAUCAUGGAAUACACGACUCGGUUGGCGAGGGAGGGAGGACAGAAAGUGGCGGAGACCUUGGGGACGAGGGUGUUGGAGAACAACAAGGGGACGCUGGUCAGGUGCGCCAUGGUCAACGUUGCGCUGCCGUUGGUUACGGGGGAUGAUCCGAAGGCGUCGGUUAAGUUGACGGAGAAGGAGGAGAAGGAGGUCGAGGGGAUGUAUGAGAUUCCCCAGGAGGAGGCGUCCAAGGCGUUUAACUGGAUGUACAAGGUGUUUCAGGAGGAGUACAACACCUUUGUGCCGAUGACCUUCUACAGGAGGAGGUUCUGGGCGAGGUUGUGCGCGCAGGUGUAUCUGGAGGAGAGCGAUUUCGAGUGGGCGGGUCAGACGUUGAAGGUGGUGUGCGAGAGGGUGGCCAAGGGGGAGUACAAGCAGAGCGCCUGAUUUUGGAUAUGAUAGCUGUUAGUCAAUCUACGUUGAUACCCUGCUCUG